AAAAAACGUGAAAAAUGGAUGAUGCAGAGUCACGGUUCACCCAUCUCCUGCAACCAGUCAGGGAUCUGACUAAGAACUGGGAGGUGGACGUAGCAGCUCAGUUGGGUGAAUACUUGGAGGAGUUGGACCAAAUUUGCAUUUCCUUUGAUGGUGGAAAAACUACAAUGAACUUUGCAGAAGCUGCUCUUCUCAUCCAGGGGUCAGCAUGUAUUUAUAGUAAAAAGGUGGAAUACCUCUACUCAUUGGUGUACCAAGCGCUGGAUUUUAUUUCCAAUAAAAAGAGGGUCCAGCAGCCAACUUCCGUAGGAGCAGAUGGGGAGGAUAAGGAUGCCACGUUUGCACAUCGCAAUGACGAAGAAGAAUUUCUAAGUUUAGAUGAUAUUGACUCCAAGAAAACAAACGUGGACUUAAAAAAGGACCACAUCCUCAAUGUAGUAAACAUUGUUCCACUCACCCCAAUGGCGCUUGUCCCUCCUGAGGAGGUUGAGAAGAAAAACAACCCUUUGUGCAGCCGUAAAGGAGAGGUCCUAGCCAGCAGGAAGGAUUUUCGAAUGAACACUUGCACGCCUCACCCCAGUGGAGCAUUUAUGCUGGAACUGGUUGGAAAGUCCCCUAUGCAGUUCCUAAAACAUAUCCAGCAUCAGGAGGAGGUCAGCCUUACUCAAGGUGAACAGAAUGCAAUCCCAGAAGGUGAGAAUGAUAAUAUGGAGUCCGAGAAAUCAGAUUGUGCUGACCCUGUGCAGGUGCUACAGUUCUCUGAUGAAGGAGCUCCAGCAGUAGAGAAUGGCGAUGGGACUGGAUUUCUUCCACUUGAUGAUCACGAUGAAGCUGGUGAUGGAGAGGUGGAGCAAGCAGAGCACAUUGAGCGACGAAAGAUGCAGAUAGACGAGAGAGGUUACAUUCUUCGGGACAGAGUUGCUGAGCAAAAACCUGCUCCAGCUAUCAAGAAUGAAACUCCUGAUCCCUGGUGUGUUCUUGAUCCUUUUGAGUCCUGUGAAGAGAAGCCAUUUAAGAAAGGUAAACACUAUACACUUCCUCGAGGGAUUGCAGAAGACCUCUCCUCAAACAAGAGAAAGCGAAAGCUACCUUGCAAGCUGCAAGACUUCAUGAAAUGGUUCUCCUCUACACAUUGGGAUGGUUCAGAAGCCAUGAAAUCAAGAAGGAAAGGGCCAACAUUUGCAGACAUGGAAGUGUUGUAUUGGAAGCACAUAAAGGAGCGCAUGACUGCACAAAGGCAGCUUCAUAGGAGAAUGGGCGCACAGUUUGUAAAAGAGGUCACAUUGUUGAAUGAAGAGGAAGAACUAGUUGAUCCUUUGGAGGAGCCCCGUGAUGCAGACUGCUUGGAAUAUGAUGGCCCUGCAGAUGAUGCUUCAGACCAUGAGGAUUUGGGAGAGAAUGUUCCGGCCUGUUUACGUGAGGAGCCUGCACUUGGGGAUAUAGAGCCUGUUACACUCCAAGAUCAAUUAAGUUACGAGGAGCUGGUGAGAAGGAAUGUGGAUCUCUUCAUUGCAAAUUCUCAGAAGUAUGCCCAAGAAACUGUACUUUCCUUGCGAGUGCGUGAGUGGGAGGAUAAAAUGGGACCACAGUUGCAGGAACAGGAAGAACAUUCAGCUUUUGACAUCCAUGAUUACGGUGACAGAUUAACUGCACAAUAUAGUCGAGUAGGAGAAUGGCAUUCAUUUGCCAGUCUUAUGGCAGAUAAAGAACCCUACGAGGUGUGCAGAUACAUGCUGGCAUCCCUUCAGCUGGCUAAUGAUUACACAGUAGAAGUUUCUCAGAAACCUGGCCUACACGAAGGAUUGGAUACUAUGGCACUGCGUCUAUUAAGUCAGCAAAGAGCACACGAGAGGUUCAAAACCUACACAGCGCCAUCCAUCUCUCAGCAGUGACAAACUCUUCUUAGCCUUUUGCUUGCAGUGUUAGCUAAGAAAGUACUCCUGCCCUACACUAGUGGACUUUGUGUGAUCCAGUCAUGCUCAUGUGGCUGCAGUAUUUUUCAAGCACAGGGCUCUGAAAGGCACUGCAAUAAAAUGCUGACUGGAUUCUAUUUUUAAGCUGCAAUUGAAGUCUUCUCAGAGGUAUGCAGCCAUGCUGUAAUCACCAGCCUGUACACUUCUUUAUCGUGGAGAUCAUGACUAGGAGGCACUUUAUUGUGCAGAGCGCAGGGUACAUAUUAUUUAGACAAUGCAUUGUGUUGGUAUAAUAACUAUAAUGCUCCUCUGCAUUCAUUGCUGAUUUUACUGAUUUUCUAAUCCCUGAUGUGGUAUCACUGUGGUUUAUGCACAGCCACAUAUAAGGCCACAUUAAGCUACAAUUUUUAUUGAACCAAAUGUCUGAGUACUGUAAAUAUGUUAUUUUAUCCAUUAUUCUGUAGAGCAUUCCUGAUUGUCCUUGGUUUUUAUAUCUAUAAACAUCUGCAUUAUUA